AUGACGCCCAAGAAGAAGCGUGGGCAAAGUGAUGGACGCCGAGCAGCGGGCGAGGGUGCUGAGCCGCAGCUGUCAGAGCGCUCACAGUACCUGCAGCGCGAAUACGCGCUGCUCUCGGAGCAGCUGGAGGCCUGCGAAGACCGCGUAGAUCGAGUGCUAGGGGAAAACGCCUUCUUGGACCGCGAAGCGCAGCGCUUGCGCGAGGAGAACCGACUUUACACCAGCUAUGUGCGCGCGCACGCGCAGCGCUGUGCCCAAGUCAUCGUGGGGCUGGAAGAGCAGAACCGCUUCGACCUGGCCCAGAUCCACGGGCAGAGAGCCGAGCUUGCUUCACUGUACCGCGGGCGCGCGGAUGGGGUGCGCGCGCAGCUGCUGGGCACUGAAGCGCGCUUAACGCAGAUGGUGCGGCAGGUGCAGGAGCUGCAGCCCUACAAGGCCAGUGCGCGCUCGCUCCUGGACCGGGGCCCCACCUCGCGCCUAGGAUCGUUAGCCCCCCCAGGCCCAUCGCGGGCGGCCUCCAGGGCCCCAUCUGUGGCCCGGUCGCGUGCGGUCUCCCAGGUGCCAUGGCUGGUCUCACGCACAGCCUCCAGGGCUUCCUCUUUGCGGUCGCGUGCGACUUCUCAGGUCCAGUCGUUGGUCCCAGCUGUAGCGCCUUUGCAGGAGGCCUCCAGCCUCAAGUCCCUGUUCCUAGCGCGCCCCGCCUCUCAGGUCCAGUCCCUGACCGGGUCGAGCUCAGGAUCCCAGGUUACGUCCCUGACCACCUCGUUCUCGAGCUCUAGGACCUUGUCGCCAACGCGGUCCCGUGAAGACUCCAGGACUUCUCCAAGGCCUUCCUUUCCUGAGACUUCACAGGACAAUCUCCCCUCUGCGAAGUCCAGCCCCAAGUUUCCCUCAGGGCUGGCGCAGGGUGCAGCUUCUCUUACUCCACUGUCGGAGGCUGUGGACACCGUCGCUGCAGCAGAGGUUGUCUUGGGGCAAGUCUGAACCCCACCAGCAGAGAAGCCUGC